GAGAAGCUUUCAUAAUUUUUUUUUUUUAAAAUGUGCCACGUGGGCAGAAAGUCGGACUAUGGUAUAGCACUACUCCUCUAAAACCCCAUUGCGCCCCAGAAACCCAAAACCCCAGCAAGUUCAGCCGCAUACCCUCAACGAAAUUUUUCCACACAAGGAAGCUGAUCCUUGAAAUACUGCCAACCCAUUUCCCGGUAUGCCUCUUUAUCAAUCUGAUCAAAAUCAUGUUUCUGUCGAGAAUUUUUGGGAGAACACUUUUUGCUGCAGCAAAAUCUGAAACUUCUACUGCCACAGCUGCGGCUGCUUCUGCAGCUAGGAACCCUCUGGAAGAGUUCUUUGAGGCAGAUAGAAGUGUAGAUGAUGACAAACCUUUUGUCUAUGGUCGAAGUUGGAAGGCUUCUGAACUGCGGCUGAAGUCAUGGGACGAUCUUCAUAAGCUAUGGUAUGUGUUGUUAAAGGAGAAAAACAUGCUAAUGACUCAACGCCAGAUGCUUCAUGCACAGAAUCUACGAUUUCCUAAUCCAGAGCGCAUUCCCAAGGUGAGGAAGUCAAUGUGCCGUAUCAAGCAAGUUCUCACUGAGAGAGCAAUUGAAGAUCCAGAUCCCAGGAGAACUGCUGAGAUGAAGAGGAUGAUAAAUUCUCUGUGAUGACUUCCAGCGUCUGUCAGUUCCCAAAACACCACUGGGAAUGUUGGUGGACUGCAAUAUGGCCUUAUUUUUCUGGGUGUAGGGCUGCAGCUUCUGGUAAUUCAGAGAAUCACGGAGUAAAUUGACAAAUUGCAACCUAUUUGUUAAUUUACAGAUUACUUGUUUCUUGUCUCUCAUGUUAGUCUUAUUUGUAGUGCUGGCUACUGAGCACAUGAUUAACACAGCUAGUACCUGGUGAGUGGUGGCUAUGAAGAACAUGAAUAUGUAUUUUGUUUGGCCUAUAAUGUUUCAGUAUCCUAA